AUGUCGGAACCCGACCAAUGGCUCUCCCAUAUUGAGCAAGAAGAGCGACGCCGGACAUUCUGGUCAAGCUAUCUUAUUGACAAACUGAUAUCUUGCGGUCGCUCAAGACCAGUUGUUAUUCACGAUGAGGACUGCAAUGUCCAAUUGCCGUGCGAUGAGCAAACUUUCAAUACUUCACAAUGGAAAAAGACAAAUACCCUUGACCAACUCCUCAACUGGAAUAUGGAGAUCGCUGAAACUCCAAGCCCCUUUGCAUUGGUCAUUUUAAUGGCUUCUAUAUUUGGACGAUGCACACGAUACGUUCACCAAAAUAGAAAAGAGGAUGAAAUCCCCCCUUGGGACACCAAAUCUGAAUAUGCCGCCAUUAAUUCUUCGCUGUUACUUCUUGAAUCAUACUCUAAUGUUAGUGGACUGAGGAUAUCGGACAUUGUUCAAGGAAGGUCUCCUCCGUCGGAGGCUAUUGAUCAGCAGCAAGUAGGCCAUUUCAUCUUUGCCCACACAUUGUUCCAUCUCUGCCACUGUCUAUUAAACCACCCGUUCUUGGUGCGUAUGCGGCUGAAGGCUUUUGGAACUAAGGCACCAGUUAGCUUCUCUGCUCGUUCCCUCCAGUCUUCUUGUGCCCAUGCUAGGCAGCUAAUGGAUCUGUUACGUGAGGCUACUGAGAGUGGAUGCCUUAUUGAGUCGUCCUUUUAUGCAUAUUGCAUAGCUGUUGCUGGCGGAAUUCAUUCUCUCGCAUGCCAUUUCGAACAGCAAAAUGUGGUCACCCAAGAGUCGGAUGGUGUACAUUACUUCCAACAAAGUAUGGAUGCGCUGGAAAGCUUAGCCGACUUAUGGGUCCAUGCAGCCAAUAUGUUUGACCGUCUUCGCGAAUUUCAUAGUAUAUCCCAUCGAUUCGCCAAUCUUCUAGAUCCGUCAUGCUUGGCUGAGGAACUCGACUCUUUCUCUCAAGAAGUAUUGUGGUCAAUGAUUGACUACCGAAUCCUCGGCUCCGAUCCGCACAAAAAGCCACUUACUGAUAAACCUGCAACACCAAAUAUGGCUACAAUGUGGGCGCUCGAAUCAAAUGCUUUGUCACCCACUCACCCUCGGUUUGAUGGGGCAAGUCCUGAUAUUUUCGGCGCCUUAACACCGACUAUGAGAUUGAACGAAGUCGAGUAUUUAUUAAAUUGUAGUCCGGGCGCAAAUGGCAUAGUGUAG